AUGGCAGAUAAAAACAACACUGCUGCUUGCUUCAGAGACCUCGUUGUUUUGAAAAAUAUCAGUAAUGAAUUCAUCCUUCUGUAUGCGACCGCUGGUGGCAAUGUCCUUCUUCUGAUUCUGAAUUCCACAAUUCUUUUCGCAGUUCUCGGAUAUAUGAAGCCAGUCAUUUCGGAAAUUCGUAAGCAGACAUUUAUCAUCAUUGAUAACAUUCUUCGCUCCUAUAUUCCUGCUGAAAUCCGAGAAGUUGUUGGCUGUAAACCAGAAGUCACGUUGGAUGGAGGAGAAGAGAAGAAAGAAAAGAAAACGGCUGGAAAAGCAAAGAAAAGACCAUCAAAGCCUUCGAAAACGUCGAAGACUUCAACUGGAAAAACCGGAGCAUCCAUUGCAACAACUGGAGGAACUGCUGCUGCCAGUGAAUAG